CCCGCGUCCAGAAAAAGAUCCACUUUGACUUGGCUGAAAAAAUUUCACUAAAAAAAAACAAAAAGAGAAACGAAAUCACCUUUCUCAAGUCUCACUGGUCAAUACCGAAUACUUUCCACCUUUUUUCUAUCUUCUUUCCCGCUUGCCAAACAUAAAAAUGUUCGCUAAAUUUUCUUGAAUAUUCAAUCAAGCUUUAUAUAUAUACAAGCUUUAGUACAGAGAAUAGUGUUUUGGAAGUUCAAUAUUUUCGUUUUCCUCUCAACGACCAAUACUUGAGUGACUUUGGAUCCAUCAAAGUCGAAGGAUUGGCGACGCUGUGGAGACUUGGCUCUUUACAUCAAAGCAACCAAAAGGAAAAAAAGAUGGAGCGGGUCAUCCCUGUUUGUUUAUGGUUAAUUUUGGCGUUGCAUUUGGUUCUUGGAGUUGCCGGCAAUGCAGAAGGCGACGCUUUGCAUGCAUUGAAGAACAAUUUGGCUGACCCUAAUAACGUCCUUCGAAGUUGGGAUCCAACCCUUGACAACCCUUGCCGAUGGUUCAAUGUUACAUGUAAUAAUGAAUAUAGUGUGACAAGAGUUGAAGUUGGGAAUGCAAAUCUAUCUGGUAAAUUGGUUCCAGACCUGGGUCUUCUUACGAAUUUGCAGUACUUGGCGCUGGUUGGUAAUAACAUAUCCGGGGUAAUCCCGGAGGAACUUGGAAAUUUGACCAACUUGGUGUGCUUGAAUCUUAGCCUCAAUGCUUUAACCGGACACAUUCCAACCACUCUGGGCAAGCUUGCAAAACUGCGUUUUCUGCGUCUCAACAACAACUCGUUGACAGGUCAAAUUCCUAUGGCCUUAACUACUAUUGCUACACUGCAAGUGCUGGAUCUUUCAAACAAUCGGCUAGAAGGAAACGUCCCAAAUAAUGGUUCCUUUUCAGUGUUUACUCCUAUCAGUUUUGUUAAUAAUCUACUCAAUUAUAUUCCUCCUACCCCAUUGCUUCCUGUUUCACCAACAGCUCCAACUUCAUCAGAUAUUCCUUGCAAUUUUUUUACAGCUGUCAGUGGCGGUGGCGGUGGCGGUGGCGGUGCUGUUGCUGUUAUUGUUGGAGUUGUUCCUAUAGCUGUCUUCUCGGUUUGUGCUCCUGUGAUUAUAUAUGUUUUGUGGCGUAAUAGGAAACGGCAGCAUCUUUCCAUUAACCGACCUGCUAAGCGCCCAGAAUUUCACUUGGGACAACUUAAAUGGUUUUCUUUACGUGAACUACAAAAGGCAACAGAUUUUUUUAGUGAGAAAAAUGUGGUGGGUAGUGGUGGUUCUGGUAGAGUUUAUAAAGGUCGCUUAGAUGAUGGUUCUGUUGUGGCAAUAAAAAGACUGAAACAGAGGCGUACUCAAGGUGGAUUGCAGCAGUUCCAAACAGAGGUCGAAAUGGUAAGUAUGGCUGUGCAUCGGAAUCUACUACGUCUACGUGGCUUUUGCUUGACCCCUACAGAACGGCUGCUUGUCUAUCCCUUUAUGCUUAAUGGUAGUGUUAGAUCCUGUUUAAGAGAGCGUCCAGAGUCUCAAGAACCACUUGAUUGGGGUGUAAGAAAACGGAUUGCACUAGGGGCUGCGAGGGGGCUUGAAUAUUUGCACGAUCAUUGUAACCCCAAGAUUAUACACCGUGACUUGAAGGCUGCAGAUAUAUUGUUGGAUGAGAAUUUUGACGCAGUUGUUGGAGGCUUUGGGCUGGCCAAACUGAUGGACUACAAAGAUACUCAUGUCAUAACUGCUGUUCGUGGCACAAUUGGUCAUAUAGCCCCUGAAUACCUGUCAAGUGGAAGGGCAUCAGAGAAAACUGAUGUUUUUGGGUAUGGUAUUAUGCUUCUGGAACUCAUUACAGGACAAAAGGCUGUUGAUAUUGCUCGGUUUGCAAAUGAUGAUGAUCUCAUGUUGCUUGAUUGGGUAGAAGGGCUACUGAAAGAAAAGAAGUUGGAAAUGCUGGUCGACUCUGAUCUUCAGGGUAAUUACAUAGAGGAAGAAGUGGAACAGCUAAUGCAGGUGGCUCUUUUAUGCACUCAAAGCACCCCAAUGGGAAGGCCUAAGAUGGGUGAAGUGGUGAGAAUGGUGGAGGGUGAUGGCUUGGCUGAAAGAUGGGAAGAUUGGCAGAAAAGGAAAAUGUUCCAUCAAGAGUUUAACAAUACGCACCACCCCAAUGUGAAAUGGUUUAUCCCAGACUCCACUUCUCGCAUCCUUCCAGAUGACUUAUCUGGUCCUAGAUGACCACUUCUACAAAUAUUAAGUCUUUUGGCCGAGCUGGUUUUGUACUUCAGAUGAACCACUUCUCACUUGCUUGUUACUGUAACUUUUAUAGGGUUAUACCAAUGCCAACAACAGUGGUGAAAACAGUAGGUUCUAUAGGAAAAGAACAGCAUAAGAACUAAGAAGGGCGAUCAAAGAAGCAUCCACGUACGUUAGUAUAAACUGCUAUAUUGUUUAUUACAUUAAACUUUUAUGCAUCCUUUCUAUCAUUCUCCUGCUUUCCUGACUAUAACUCAUUUUCAAAAGUGUCAUUUCUUUUCCUGUAAAAUGACACUAGUGGCUGAUGUUAAAUAUUUGGAUAUGCCGUAUGAAAAACUUAGAAAAAGUUAAAUAUA